AUGUCCAGAACCUUUGCACAUCGGAGACAUGAUGUUGUCAGGCUACAGUUGAGCAUCAGUGACAUCAAGGACAGAUGGCCCGCCUUGUUUGAUGUCUCGCAAAUUAGCGCAGAGUUGCAGAGGAUCACCACACUGAAUCUUGAGCCAAACUUCAUGGCAAUGUUGGACAUCUACACACCUGAACUGUUGUCCUUAUUUCAAUCGAAGAAAGGUGCUGCAGGAGAGAGACAACGGGCACAAAUGAAUGUUCUACUUCAGAGUGGAAUCCCCAUUCAACAGACACGUGAGGUUGUCAUCCGAUGUCUCAUCAGCCAUCUGGGAGAAGAUGCAGAUGCCUUGUUUAAGGACUUUGAGGAUGCUGCUGAUGGAUCAGCCAGUGUUCAAGAGGAGUUAUCAGAAGAGGUGAUGAAGAUUUACCUGCUGAGGAAACGAGACGGGUCAAUCGAUGUCGGGAUUGUGAUUGAGGGCAACACUGUCCUCAGCAGUCUUGGGGAUGUUAGCAGAGCCUGUUGCUAUCUCUUGGGUCUGACCUAUACGUUAGAUCUGCGAUACCCCAAGAACCUCAAGUACAGUUUUGAGGUUUUCCAGAAAGUAUUGCUGGAGCUAGAUUCUGGAAAACCUUCCAACAAGAUUCAGAGACUGAAGAAUUACCUCAGUAUGUAG